AUGACCUCAGAGAACUUCACAUGGGCCGGGGGUGCACCUGCUGAAUUCAUCCUCCUGGGUAUCACCGAUCGCUGGGACCUACGCAUUACCCUCUUCCUGAUUUUCCUGCCUGUUUACCUCGUGAGCCUGCUGGGGAACAUGGGCACGGUGCUGCUGAUCUGUGUGGAUGUCCGGCUCCACACACCUAUGUACUUCUUCCUGGCCAACCUCUCUCUGCUGGAUGCCUGCUAUUCCUCAGCCAUCGGCCCCAAGAUGCUAGUUGACCUGCUGCUGCCCCGUGCCACCAUGCCUUAUGCAGCCUGUGCCCUCCAGAUGUUUGUCUUCUCAGGGCUGGCCGAUGCCGAGUGCUGCCUGCUGGCAGCCAUGGCCUAUGACCGCUACGUGGCCAUUGGAAACCCUCUUCUCUAUACAACGGCCAUGUCACGGCAUCUAUGUCUGGCCUUGCUGGGAGCAUCAGGCCUGGGCGGAACAGUGAGCGCCUUUGUCCACACAACCUUCACCUUCCGUCUGAGCUUCUGCCGCUCCCGUGAGGUGAACAGCUUCUUCUGCGAUAUCCCUCCUCUGCUGGCUAUCUCCUGCAGUGACACGAGCCUCAAUGAGCUCCUCCUCUUUGCCGUCUGCGGCUUCAUCCAGAUGGCCACAGGGCUGGCCAUUGUUGCGUCCUAUGGCCUCAUCACUGGGGCGGUGAUCCGCAUGCGCUCAGCCGAGGGCCGCCAAAAAGCAGCCUCGACUUGUGGCUCCCACCUCACGGCUGUGGCUAUGCUCUACGGGACACUCAUUUUCAUGUACCUGCGUCCCAGCUCCAGCUACGCCCUGGACACAGACAAGAUGGCAUCUCUGUUCUACACCCUGGUCAUUCCAGCCCUCAACCCGCUCAUCUACAGCCUCCGCAACAAAGAGGUGAAGGAGGCCCUCCGAAGGACCUGGAGCCGAUUCUGCUGUCCUGCACGGGUACACCCACGACAGGUCUGGGGGGUGUGGUUAGGUCCCUGGCACCGUGGAUAA